GGUUGUCUCUAAGCGACCUUUGGAACUCUUCUACAGCCAACAUCACUGCCAUCAUCUACCAAUCCAACACAAUAAUUUAUUAAUUUUAUUUUUAUAUAUAAAUACUUCAACAAAAGCAUCUCUCGAAUUUCAAUGUCGUCAGCUUCAGUUCGGAGAUUCAUGGCGAGCUUGUCGAAUUGUCCGUCCCUGAAGCACGGUGUUUCUCAAUGGUGUCCUCAGUCUUCUUCUCUCACUCGAACUCAACCGUCUUCUUCAAUCGGAUUCAGAACCUUCCGUAGAAGCUAUGUUGUUGCCUCUUCGGCUUUCGCAAAUGAGAACCGAGAAUUUGUGAUAGUUGGUGGUGGAAAUUCGGCUGGUUAUGCGGCUAGGACUUUCGUCGAACAUGGAAUGGCCGAUGGACGCCUCUGUAUUGUCUCCAAAGAGGCUUAUGCACCUUAUGAAAGACCUGCACUGACAAAAGGCUACUUGUUCCCUUUAGAUAAGAAGCCAGCGCGCUUACCUGGAUUUCAUACUUGUGUUGGAUCUGGUGGAGAAAGACAAACACCUGAGUGGUAUAAAGAGAAAGGAAUAGAGAUGUUGUAUGGUGAUCCAGUGGCAGAUAUAGAUAUUGAAAAGCAAACCCUGACGACAAAUUCUGGAAAACUGUUGAAGUAUGGAUCUCUUAUAGUAGCCACAGGGUGUACGGCCUCAAGAUUUCCAGAGAAAAUUGGAGGAAACCUACCUGGUGUUCACUAUAUUCGAGAGGUGGCAGAUGCUGAUGCUCUAGUAUCAUCACUGGAGAAGGCAAGGAAGGUAGCUGUUGUUGGUGGUGGGUACAUUGGAAUGGAAGUUGCUGCAGCAGCUGUUGGUUGGAAACUUGAUACCACGAUCAUAUUCCCAGAGAAUCAUCUGUUGCAAAGACUUUUUACUCCUUCACUUGCUCAGAGAUAUGAAGAACUCUACCAAGAGAAUGGUGUUAAAUUUGUAAAGGGUGUCUCAAUUAAAAACUUAGAAUCCGGCGCUGAUGGACAUGUAGCUGCUAUUAAACUUGAAGAUGGCUCCACGAUAGAUGCAGAUACGGUGAUUAUAGGCAUUGGAGCAAAACCUGCUGUCAGUCCCUUUGGAAGCUUGGGUUUGAAUAGCACUGUUGGUGGCAUUCAGGUUGAUGGUCAGUUCCGGACAAGUAUACCUGGUAUCUUUGCAAUUGGAGAUGUAGCAGCAUUUCCAUUAAAGAUAUAUGACCGUAUGGCACGAGUUGAACAUGUAGACCAUGCUCGUCAAUCAGCACAGCAUUGCAUUAAAGCAUUACUGAGUGCACAAACUCACAACUAUGACUAUCUUCCCUAUUUUUACUCGAGAGUAUUUGAAUAUGAAGGGAGCCCUAGGAAAGUUUGGUGGCAAUUUUUUGGGGACAAUGUUGGAGAGACAGUUGAAGUUGGGAAUUUUGAUCCUAAAAUUGCUACUUUCUGGAUUGAAUCCGGUAAAUUGAAAGGAGUUCUUCUUGAAAGCGGAAGUCCUGAGGAAUUUGAACUUCUUCCUAAACUUGCAAGGAGUCAGCCUGUAGUUGACAAAGCCAAGCUUCAGAAUGCAUCUUCGGUCGAGCAGGCAUUUGACAUUGCUCGUUCAUCCUUACAGGGUUGAAGCUUCAGUCUUAACUAACACAAAAUAGUGAAACCACCUUAUGAAAUCCCAAACACCAUCUAAGAUUUCUUAUAUUGCAAACUACUCAAAUAAAGGACCAUUCGGAAUUUUUGAAACGCUGCUAGGGAUUCCAACUUUCAUUUCUUACGUUGAAGCGCUUAUCACUGUGUAGUGGGAUUUUUGUACCAGGUAUUGAUGUGCAUUAUAGAAAAGUAUGCACAAAUGAAGAGAGAGAGGUCAAAUAUAUAAAUACAAAUAAGCAUAUUUACGUGUUGUA